GAACUUCGGACACAGGUUGGACAUUCACCUUGCAUUUAUGGGAUCGCAUCAGAGCAAUCAAAGUUGUAUAAAUACUCAGUGAACGUCUGUCAGUGUUUACUUACAGUAUCAUCACCACAGAGGAUCUCUAAUCAGAUCACCAUGAAGGCUGUCGCAGUAAUCCUGGCUCUAGCCGUCCUCUCAGGCUGCCAUGCAUGGGUGCUACCCAUGCAAGAUGAGCCCCAAACUCCCUGGGAGAAGACCAUUGACCAGUUUAAGGACUACAUAACUGACCUGAACUCUAAGGCUGAUGAGAAGGUGAAGAACAUCAGGGCCUCCCAGCUCAGCAGAGAACUGGAUACCCUGAUCACAGACACCAUGUCUGAGCUCAACAUGUACAGUGAUGAUAUGAAGACCAAACUGGGCCCUCUCGCUAAGGACGCCGCUGAACGUCUGGGCAAGGACAUGCAGCUCCUCCUUAACAAGUUGCAGGCUCACAUGACUGAAGCCAAGGACCGUACCACAGUGUACACCCAGGAACUCCAGACCAUGUUGGAGCAGAAUGCCAAUGACGUCAGGAACAGGGUCAACACAUAUAGCCGCAAGCUGAACAAGCGCCUGAGCAAGGACACCCAGGAGAUCUCCAGCAAAGUGACCACCUAUUUUGAGGAGCUUCAGUCUCGAACCACCUCCAGGGUGGAAUCCGUGAGGGAUCGCUUUCAGCCUUACUAUGUCCAGAUCCGUGAGCGCGCUGUGGAUAAGAUGACUACCCUCAGCAAACUGCUGACGACCCAGGCUGAAAAGGUGAAGGACAAGCUUGAGUCCCGGGCUGAGGAGGUCCGCGAGCAGCUGGAGAAGACCACCGAGAACCUCCGCACCACCCUCGAGGGCAAGAUGGAGGAACUGCGCACCUGGUUCAACCCCUACGGCCUCAAAAUCCGUGAUCAGGCUAAGGCCAUCAUGGAGACCAUGUAAAUCAACAUACCACCAUGCAGGCUUAGGGUGGCGGUCUAGUUCACUCACUAUGUUCUAUGUCACAUUUUUCACCCAAGUUUAAAAAAGGGAGGAGAAGUUGCCAUAAAGAAACCAUUUCGUUUUUCACUCCAUUCGUAAACAAGACAUAAUGCAUAUUUGGCUGAGCACAAAUCUUUUCAGAAUAGUAACAGAUCCCAAAGAUCAACCGAACAAAUCUACCUGUGUUAAUAUCCUCUCUCCCUUGUCAUCCACCUCUACAAAAGGCACCCUAUCAAGGCCUAGCUGAUAAAGUUCACAGAGAGGCACACUCUAGCCGUCACUGCUUAACAUCAAAAUGUAUAUUAGUGGGACAGAACAGUUGUGGUAGGGGAAUUGUAUAAAGGGCUUUGUGAGUAAGUAAUAAUCUGUCAAGUCUGUCAAUCCAAUAAAAAGAUCUGUGAAUUGUUA